CCCGUCUCCACCGCUCCCCCCCUCCCUCCUUCCGCGCCGCCCACAUCUCCCGGCGGUGGGAGUCUUCGGGCAGGCGGAGCCGGCUGGCCGGGCUGCCAUCUAGAGGCGCCUCGCCGCAGAGAGCGCCUCGGGGUGUGUGGUGUGUGUGUGUGUUGGGGUGGCGGUGGCGGUGGCGGUGGCGAGGGCGUGCGUGCGCUUCCCGUGUGCUUAAAUAAGAGCCGAGGAGAGAGAGAGAGCGGGGGCGAGAGAGAAGUCCGUCGCCAGCCAGCCGUCCUGUGGUGGAAGCGGCCCCGUCUGCGCCCAGGCGGGAGGUGAAAAGCCGGCUCGAGGCUCUUCCAUUCCAAAUUGGUCAGCUAUGAAUGCCAUUGAUUUGCCUCCCAUUUUUGAUCUUACAGAAGUAGAAAACCUGACUGAAAGUAAUCUGACUUGCAGCACUGGAGACUGUAUCACUGUAGACUCCUUAUCAUGCCCAAAUACCCUCAGCAAAAGCGCCCUGCUGUACACCCUCUCCAUUUUUUAUAUUUUCAUAUUUAUGAUUGGCCUAGUGGCCAAUUUUGUGGUUGUCUGGAUGAACUUUCAAGCUAAAACCACCGGCUAUGAAACACAUCUUUAUAUCUUCAAUUUAGCUAUUGCAGACCUGUGUGUGAUCAUCACUCUUCCAGUCUGGGUAGUCUCCCUUCUUCAGAACAGCCAGUGGCAUAUGGGAGAAACAGCAUGCAAGAUUACUCACCUUGUGUUUUCCAUCAACCUCUAUGGGAGCAUAUUCUUCCUAGCAUGCAUGAGUGUAGAUCGGUAUCUCUCAGUUACUUAUUUCACCACCUCUAACAGUACCAAAAAGAAGAGAAUCCGCCAGUGUAUCUGCAUCUUUGUGUGGCUUUUUGGCUUCCUUGCGUCUCUUCCUGACACCUACUACCUUAAAACAGUCUCUUCCAACAAUGAAACCUAUUGCCGACCUGUCUAUCCAGAGGAGAAUGCUAAGGAGUGGCUGGCAGGCAUGGAACUGAGCUCAGUUGUUCUAGGUUUUAUCAUUCCCUUCCCUGUCAUUGCCAUUUUCUAUUGUCUUUUAGGAAGAGCUAUAUCUGCGUCAAAUGACCAAGAGAGGAAGAGCAAUGGGAAAAUAAUUUUCUCUUACGUUAUUGUGUUCCUUAUCUGCUGGUUGCCAUACCAUGUUGCUGUCCUACUUGACUUCCUUCUGGCCUUCCAUUUCAUACCUUUCAGCUGCCAAAUGGAGCACUUCCUUUAUGCCGCCCUUCAUGUGACUCAGUGUUUCUCCCUGGUUCAUUGCUGCAUCAACCCUAUACUCUAUAGCUUCAUCAACCGAAACUACAAGUAUGAACUCAUGAAGGCCUUUAUUUUUAAGUACUCUGCAAAGACAGGCCUUGCUAAACUGAUGGAAACAUCCAGGGUUUCAGAAACAGAGUAUUCUGCCCUGGAGCAAAAUGUUAAAUGAUCAUAGCUUUGCUAAGGACUUUCUUUAACAUGUUGUUUUGAAACAGACAGUAAAGAUGGGAUAAAACAAAUUAAAAGAGAUUAUGAAAUGGUGGGGCAAAGCAUGUACUCCAAAAUGCUGCAUUUGAAAUGUCUUGUGUGUUAUCCUCUGUUAGCUAGUCCACACUGUUCUUCAAUUAUUAUAGUAGAGAAAAUAUGCAGUAAAUAAAGAUGUUCUUGUAAAAUAAGAUUUUGUUUAUUUUAUUAUAUCUUGCUGGAGGAGCAGAUGUUCCCUUCCCUAGCUCUUUUGACUUCACUGUAUACAUUUUACAGUGUGUAUUUAAAAAAAAAAAAUAAAGAACUCUAUUUUCUUUCUUUUGUAAUGGUUAUGGAAAAUUAAAUAUAUUGAAUCCUGUAUUUGAAGUAUAUUGUCUCUGUAUUGAGUAUAGAAUUUCAGAAUAUUAGAUAUUCACUCAGUAUACUGUUGUAAGAAUAAAACGUGAUAGAACUUCUUAAUAAAAUGUAUAUGUAUGUCUGAGUUUGCCUUAGUGAAUACACUGUGGCAAAAUAGUUGUAAUAUAGUCCUUUAUUAUAUAUAAUGCUCAUUAUAUUGUGUUUUAAUAACCCUAACUCACUUAAUGGUGUCAAGUAUCCCAUAUUCUUGUAUAUA